AUGUCACGUGAUGUCACAGCAUAUGAGUGCGUGUCAUUAAUCUGUCAGGUAUCGAAGAAACAUGUCUUACUGUCAGAGAUCCUGGCAGUGACCUCGGUCAUGCGCAAGAAUUCACGGUGGGCAUCAGGAGCUCAUACACUCACAGCAAGAGACUCCGCGUUAGCAAGAGACCUCGGCCUGCGUAGGUCAACACCUAGUACAGACAUUCAAAAGAAUGGGAGGCUCUCUCAAGAAGCAGACCUGAUGGGCGGCUUCCAGCAGUUGAAACGUACGAUCUGGGACGUCGAUGAUAUCGAGGCGCUACCUCUACCUGGGCUUAUUGGCCCCUUCUUUGCCCUAGUCCGUUCACCUCUGUCUAACGGACCUAUAACGUCUGCUGCACUCUCCGCCCUCCACAGCUUUUUUGUCUGCGACCUCAUAUCUGCAACCUCGCUAUCCUUAGAGCCUGCGCUCAUCGAGCUCAGUAGCACGGUUUCACACUGCAAAUUCGAAGCCAGUGAUUCCUCAGGAGACGAGGUUGUUCUCUUGAAAAUCAUGACCGUGAUACAUGAUUGUAUUGUUGCAAGUAGUGUGGGUGUAUUCCUCGGAGAUGUCGAAAUUUGCGAAAUGUUGGAGACUGUCUUGACGACAGCAUGCCAAAUGAGGCUGAGCGAAAUUCUACGGCGAUCUGCCGAGUCUACCAUGGUUUCUAUCGUCAGGACCAUUUUUGGGCGUCUGCAUACUCUUAAUCCUAUUGCUGAAGAAGCCAGACUCCUUCUGAAUGAGGAGCCUCAGCAUGGAGAAAUCACCAUGUCUGUGUCUGCCAAUGUCACUGAUGCUGGCGAUUCUCCUUUGCAAGUAUCAGAAGGAGUAGCCUCAUCCACACAGCAGGAUGCAGUUUUAUUAGAGGAUUCUGAGCGUUCUGCAGCACCUGAAGUCGAGGGUCCAUCCCAGGCACUUUCGCCGCCACGACCGUAUGGUCUACCAGCUCUUCUGGAGCUGCUUCAUCCAAAUGAUCAAGUUCACACGGACUCAACGCGUCUGACUGCGCUUGGAAUUCUCAAUGCUGCUGUCGAGACGUCUGGAACAGUUAUGGGCGACUAUCCUUCUUUGUCAGCCCUUAUUCUUGAUCCAGGAUGCAAAUAUCUUUUCCAGCUCGCACGCUCCGACAAUUCUUUUGUUCUACAGGCUGCUUUGCGGACUAUCACGACAGUAUUCCAGACCAUGCGGAAACACCUUAAACUUCAACAAGAGCUUUACCUUGCCUUCAGUAUUGACAGACUGGCAGCUCCCCCGCAAUUGAAACCAAUAAACUCCAAGAAGAAUAACCCUACAUCUCCACGUCCCGGCACCCCUGCAACUGGAACUCCCGUCCUGGGACCGGUUGAUACUGAGCUUGAGCUUGAUAAGGGGAGUCCAGUUCCAUCGCGACCCCCUGUUCAGCCGGCCCGCGGAGAUACCCGUGACUUGAUGUUGGAAACUCUCAGUCAGCUCUGCCGGCAUCCCAGCUCUAUGGUGGACCUCUACGUCAACUAUGACUGCGACAUAAACUGCGAGAAUCUGUUUGAACGCUUGAUCGAGUUUCUCACAAAGGGUGUAUACCCACGGCAGUAUUCUUCGGCGUCGGACGCACAACAAUUACAUUCCCAGUAUCUGUGUUUGGAUUUGUUGCUUGCGUUCGUGAAUGACAUGACAGCACGAGCUGAGGGUGAUUUUAUUUUGCCAGAUUCAUUGAUGCAAGACAAAUCUAGGAAGAAGCUUGUUCUUACCGGAGCAGCGCGGUUCAACUCUAAACCAAAAAUUGGCAUUGCGUUUCUUGAGGAGAACAAGCUCAUAUACUCCGACCUUUCCCCAGAAGUAUCACGAACGCGCAGUCUUGCUAUCUUCUUGAAGAGCUGCACGCGUUUGGACAAGCGACUGUUAGGAGAUUAUAUCUCAAAACCAGAUAAUUUGGAACUCCUGAAGGAGUUUCUUGGAUUGUUCGACUUCAAAGAUAAACCAAUUGCAGAUGCCAUGCGGGAGAUGCUGGAAACCUUCCGACUUCCUGGAGAAUCUCAGCAGAUCGCUCGUAUUACAGAAACUUUUGCCUCGAUCUAUUUUGCAUCUGGUCCAGCGGAAAUCAAGACGGAAGAUGCGGUCUACGUGCUAGCAUACUCCGUGAUCAUGCUCAAUACUGAUCUUCACAACCCGCAAAUAAGGAAACGUAUGACGAUAGAGGAUUAUAAGCGCAACCUGAGAGGCGUUAAUGAUGGCACAAACUUCUCGCCCGAGUUCUUGCAAAACAUUUACGAUUCCAUACGCAAACGUGAAAUUGUUAUGCCUGAAGAGCAUACUGGCCAACUCGGCUUCGAGUACGCUUGGAAAGAACUGCUCGCCCGUUCACGGCAAUCGGGUCCAUUCUUGAUGUGCAAUUCGGCCUUGUUUGAUCUUGACAUGUUCAAGACUGUUUGGAAACCAUUGAUAUCUGCCAUUGCUUACGCAUUCAUCAGCUUUGACGACGAUUAUGUUAUUCAACGGGCCAUUUCUGGUUUCCGUCAAUGCGCCACGCUGGCAGGUCAUUUCCAUCUUCCAGAUGUUUUCGAUUUCGUGGUCGUUUCGCUCUCGCAAGCGACUAGUUUAUUAUCUGAGAAUCUGCCGACACAAGUUCCUAACUAUCCAGUGGUUGAAGUGGAGGGACAGUCAGUCAAAUUUGGUACGAACUUCAAAGGCCAGCUGGCAGCCGUCGUACUUUUCAAUAUCGUGAACGGAAACGGAAAUGCCCUGCGCGAGGGCUGGACACAAAUCUUUGAAAUGUUCCAAAACUUGUUCAUGCAUUCAUUACUCCCCACGCGCAUGCUCCAAAUGGAGGACUUUUUAGGUGGUGUCACAAUGAUCCCCCUUCGCGGGGGCCAGCACUCGCGACCAGUGCCACGUAGUGACGGGGGGUUGUUGUCUGCGCUAUCCUCAUACCUCAUGACACCAUACGGUGCCAGCUCAGAGAACCUCGUUCCUGAAGCUACAGACACGGAAGUAGAGAGCACGAUGUGCACUAUCGAUUGCAUUACAUCCUGCCGGUUGGAUGAGCUUUAUGCGCAGACUAUACAACUUGACUCAGAGGCACUCGUGGCCGCAAUCCGAGCACUGGAGGCUCUUGCUCAUGAGCGGACGAUCACGAAAUGGAAGCAAGAGUCGGAUGAGCUGACCACCGCAUUCAAUACAUCAUCCGCAGGAGAUGGCACAUUUACCUUGCCUUAUGAUCCUGCGUCCGUUUUUCUUCUCGAGACGAUGGUCAGCAUAACCUGUCAAACCUCGCGGUACAUCGAGGAUUUAUGGCCGAUUCUAUUUGAGCAUCUGUCGGCAUUGUUGUCAGCAUCUAUGCACUACAGCGUUCUGCUUAUCGAGCGUGCGAAGACACUUCGAGAUCAAGUCUAUGUGUCGCUCGAUUUGAUUGCUGGGCUUCCCCCAAUAGUAGCCAAUUCCGUUGCUGAACAAAUUGUCGCGGGCGUGACUUUGAUUCUUCAGAACCGUGAUAUUGUUAGUUCGCAAACCGAGUGGAACCUUGUUUUCGCAGCCCUCCGGUCAACGACUUCCCAUCCAGAGGCUGCUCGUUCGACAUUCGACUUGGUUUUGAGUUUUGUCACAGACGAACAGUCGCAGUGGAUGACACCAGAUAAUUUCAAUGGUCUGAUCACAAUCUUGGACGAGUUUGCGAACUCCGCUGGUCAGUCAAUCAUGGCUCCCCAGAGAGGACGACGAGUGCCCUCGCAGCCGCCGCCCAACGCACCGCCUAUCGAGCGCGGGAGGCGAGCGAUUGAUAUCCUUUAUGAUAUGAAAAGGUUCAUCACACCCUUGGCUGAGUCUGCUGGUCUGCAAACGGGUCAAGUUUGGCGCCAAUACUGCCUGCCUUUGGCGUUGUCGUUAGGCAAGCAGUCGACGAACCCCUCACGACUUGUCCGGCAUACUGCUAUCAGCCAACUCCAACGUCUGUUACUUGGCCCUCGUUUUGUGUAUGACGAAAACGAUCACGGUCAAGUCGAGGAGAUCUUCAAUAGUAUCAUCUUUCCCCUUGUCGAUGAGCUCCUGAAACCCCAAGUACAGCAAUUCGAUCCACAGGGUAUAUCAGAGACUAGGUUACGAGCCUCGGCCUUGCUUUGUAAGGCAUUCAUGCACUUCGAGGUCCGGGAGAAUCGCACGAAGUCAGACAUCAGAAUCUUGUGGAUCGAGAUUCUGGAUCUGCUAGACAGGCUAAUCAAUGCCGGGAAGACCGAGCAGCUGUACGAGGCCGUCUCGGAAUCUCUCAAGAACGUGGUUCUUGUGAUGAAUGCAGCAAAUAUUCUUGUCCCACCUUCCCAGGAAGACCAACGUGACGAACACCAGCGUACCUUAUGGACAGCCACGCAAGCCAGGCUAGAACGUUUUCUGCCAGGAUUUCUGACAGAAGUGAUACCAACUCCACAGUUACAGUUGCCACCUUCAACUCCCGUCCCGGGUCCAACCUCUGCAGAGCCUACUACGGCAUCUUCUACAGCAUAG